AUAUCUUAAACGCGUGUGCCUUCUUCUCUUCCAUCGUACACGACACGAUCAUCGAUUCGGACCGUAAAGAUUAAAACUUUAAAAAUGUUGACGACGAAGACGAUUUAGUUUUCCUUUUUUAUAUAUUGAAUUUCCGAACUCCAGAUUUCCUCCAUGUUUUGUCCUUUUUUAUAUUGAAUUCAACAUCGCUUGCGUCUCCUUUUAAAAACGAUCGUCGAAGCUUCGGUGUAUUUAGAUUCGAGUUAGUUCAAAUAUUGGAUUUUGGCUAGAAAUCCGAUUUCGUUUCAUAUAAAGUGGGAAGCUAGAGUUGAAGAUUCUUCAUCGGAUUGAUUUGAUCUGUUUUCGAAUUUAUUUCGGUGUGUGUUCAAUCAAAGAUUGGACCCAUUUCUCGAUCCAAUCCAAUCAGGUUUCUUUUAAUCGUAUCUGAUUAAUUUUCAGGACUUGGAGGAUCGAUCUGAUUCCCAAGCUUUGAUUUUUUUGGGUGUUUGAUCGCGAUUAAGAAGGAUCGGAUUGGAAUCGGGAAAUAAAAAAACCGAUCCGAUUUCGGUUUCGAUCUCCGAAAUCGCUCGAGUCAAUAUCUGAGAUGGUAUAUUUCCAGAGCUCAAUCUCCGUCGUCGACCAAUCUCCGAUCAUGGCAAACUCUGCAGAUUCUCACCACCCGAAACAAAGGAGCAGCAGAAAAUCAACGAGCUGCUCAAAUUUCCCAGCCUGCUGCGACGGAUCUCGAUCAGCUGCAAUCGACGUGUUGAUCCUAAUCGCCGUGAUCACAUCCUCAGGCUUCUUGAUCUUCCCUUACGUCAGAUUCAUCACCGUCAAAUCCGUGGAAAUCUUCUCAGAGAUCUCUUGCUUAGUCAAAGAAGAGAUUAUCCGUAACCCUGAUCCGAUCGUCUACGGCUUGAUCGCUUUGAGCAUCUCGUGCACUGCGUUAUCUGCUUGGAUGAUUGUGAUACUCUUGUGUAGCCGCCAUAGAUGUGGGAAGCCAAAUUGCAAAGGGCUUAGGAAAGCUAAUGCGGAGUUCGAUAUUCAGUUGGAGACGGAGGAUUGUGUAAAGAGCUCAAGCAAUGGAAGCUCGAGUGGGAAGAAUGUAAGCAAGAAGGGUUUGUUUGAGCUGCCUCGUGACCACCACCGUGAAUUAGAGGCGGAGCUGAAGAAGAUGGCUCCACCUAAUGGGCGAGCAGUGUUGGUUUUUAGGGCGAAAUGUGGCUGUUCGGUCGGGAGAUUAGAGGUUCCUGGACCUAGGAAGCAGCAGCAGCAUCAGCAAAGGAAGAUCAAGAAAUGAAGAAGAAAAGUUCUGUGUUUCUGGUGUAUAUGAUCUGGUUGAAAAUGUAUCACAAAUGUUGAAACUUUUGGGACUAUUACUUGAAACAUCUCUUGAACUCAGAAAUGCUGUUUAGUUGCUCGACG